AUGAAGAAGGACCCGGAGUUGCAGUUAAGUGUACAGCGACAGAUCGGCGAGUAUUUGGAGAACAACUAUAUCCAUGAAGUGACGCAGCAGGAAAGUAGAUCUACUGACCCUCGCAAGGUGUGGUAUUUGCCUUUAGGCGCCGUGAGAAAUCCGAAGAAGCCGGGCAAAAUAAGGCUCGUUUGGGAUGCUGCGGCGAAAGCCCAAUACAUUAAAAAUCUUAAUGCGAAAGAACACGAAGGAGAAUUCCCGGAGGCAGCAAAAGCGCUCGAAGAGAAGCACUAUGUCGACGAUUACCUCGACAGCUUCGACACAGAAGAGGAAGCGGUCAAGGUCGCACUUGAAGUGAAGGAAGUACACGCUCGUGGAGGUUUCUGUAUCCGGAAUUGGCACUCUAACUCGGACACCCUCCUGAAACGGGUCGGGGAACCCAAGGGAGUACAGCCGAAAGUCAUCAGCAUCGAUUCGGAGUGCGAAGUGGAACGAGUUUUGGGCCUUUUAUGGCUGCCAGAAGAAGAUAUAAUUGCGUUUGCCAACAACCAGGAGCUGGACGGUAUUGUACCAACGAAACGGAAUAUCUUGCGCUGUGUUAUGAGCCUGUUUGACUCGCAGGGCAUCCUGUCACACAUCACGAUCCAGGGACGAAUGAUCAUCCAGGACACCUGGCGCACCCAAAAGCAAUGGGAUGAUGAGGUCGAGGAAACUAUCCGUAUGCGCUGGGUCCGAUGGACAAAACUGUUCGAGGAGGUCGGCCAGAUGAGACUUCACAGACCCUACUUUCCUGGUUUUUCUGCUGCUGAGGUCUGGUCGGUAGAGCUGCACGUUUUCACGGAUGCAAGCGAGGAGGCAUAUGCAUGCGCAGCCUACUUUCGGGCCACGAUAAUGGGAAAAGUGCAUGUUACGCUGGUGAUGGCCAAGGCGAAAGUUGCUCCAUUGAAAUCGCUAUCGGUGCCACGUCUGGAGUUGAUGGGCGCUCUGCUGGGAGCAAGGCUAGCCAAAGCGGUACAGGAAUAUCUUACGUUACCGAUCAGUCGACGGCUUAUGUGGACGGAUUCGAAAACAGCUUUAGCCUGGGUCCAAUCGCAACAUCGUCGCUACCGACAAUUCGUGGCGUUCCGUGUGGGAGAAAUCCUAAACAAGACCGACGCUGCGGAAUGGAGAUACGUUCCCACACAGUUUAAUCCAGCCGACGAUGCCACCAAGUGGGGUAAGAGACCCAGCACAGAUGUUACAUCACGUUGGUUCCGCGGACCCGACUUUCUGUACCAGCCGGAAAUAGAAUGGUCGGAGCAAAAGUCAACACAGUCGUUGGAAACGAAGGAAGAAUUGCGGCCCUGCAUGGUGCACCGAGAGAAUCCAGUUGACGAUGUCUACCAGAUCAGCAACUUCUCCAAGUGGGAACGGCUGUUAAGGGCAGCUGCAUACGUACAUCGCUAUAUCGCAAACUGUUACCGCAAAAGUAAAAAGCAGAAGCUGGUCACGGGGUACUUGCUCCAAGAAGAGUUGCAGCAAGCAGAGAACAGCCUGUGGCGAUCAGUGCAGGCAUCUACGUAUCCGGAUGAAGUAGCUGUGCUGAAACAAGCAAAUAAGAACCCGAAGAGGCAUAUCGAAAAGAGUAGUCCAGUCUACAAGCUUUCGCCGUUCUUGGACGAGAAUGGCGUGAUGCGGGUGAACAGUCGUAUAGGUGCAGUUCCAUACGUCACGUACGACUUCAAGUUUCCGGUGAUUCUACCACGCCACCACCAUCUCACCGAGUUGAUCAUCGACUGGUAUCACCGCCGGUACCUACACGCCAAUCACGCGACAGUACUCAAUAAGGCUCGUCAGCGGUUCCAUAUCUCGAGUCUCCGCACGGUAAUACGGCAGGUUAUUAAGAAGUGCCAGAGCUGCAAGAUUUCCAAAGCAGUUCCAGUAACUUCAAGAAUGGCUCCCCUUCCGGAGUCGCGUUUAGCGGACGUUUAG